AUGCAGGCGCGAUCGAAUAGGAAUUCAAGCAAAUGGCGGAGGAGACUCCCUGAGCAGACGACAAGCAUGGGUACGAAAAAUGGACGAUUUGAUACGAAGAAAACGACGACAAGUAAAAAAUAUCGACCAAGGAAGGAAAAUGGAGGUACUAAGGAACCAUCGGGUAUGAAAUGGUUGUUUUCAUCUUGGAAUUUGGCCAUGGUUUUAUUAGCUCUGAUGUUCGGGGUGUUACAUGGGUGGCACAUCUCUAGUAUGUUUGAGAAUGAUCGAUUCUUCUCACAUUUAUCAGACCUGGAAAGAGAGAUGACAUUCAGAACAGAAAUGGGAUUGUAUUAUUCAUACUACAAGACGAUGGUAAAGGCCCCAAGCAUUGGAGAUGGUCUUCACUCUAUCAUGCAUGAUAAUGUAACAGAGUAUCCUAGUACUAUCAACACUUUGAAGAGAUUCAAUCUGUACCCAGAGGUUGUUUUGGCUGCAGGUUUUAGAUUUUAUGAUGGGGUGACAAAACUCCUGGAUAUCAAGACUAAGGAGUGUUUCACUGUGAACAGGGGAAGAGGUCUCAGUCCUGUACUUAAUUGUGAAGGAAUGGGAGAUCCAGCCUAUUUCUAUGUGAAUUGGAUCUUCAUAGAAAACGGUUUCUUGAUGUCGCUCCUGUUUGUCUUUGCGACGUACCUCAGCGAAAGCAUCCUCGGUGGUCUGAUUACCGUCGCUACUUUCUUCUUUAACCAUGGAGAGUGUACAAGAGUGCAAUGGACACCUCCACUUCGUGAGAGCUUUGCCUACCCUAUCUUUGUACUUCAAAUGUUCCUUGUUACACAUGUUCUCAGGAUUUCAAGACCGAUGUGGUAUCACAGUUUAGCUAUUGGUGCAGGGGUAGUAGCCUUCAUGUUACCUUGGCAGUUUGCUCAGUUUGCAUUACUAACUCAGACCCUGGCUGUGUUCGCUACCUACAUGCUGGGUUUCGCUGGCUCUUCAAAGGUCAGGUGCAUUCUCCAGGGGCAAAGUAUUGGUCUGUUUGUGAGUUACAUCAUGCUCUUUGGAAAUGAGAUGCUGUUGACUUCAUUCUUUGCUGCAUGUCUUCUGACUGUCUGGAUCAUUCUUUUUAUGGAACCGUUAUUGGAGAAACUACCUUUUAGGAUAAUUAUUUGGAUAUGUCAGCUAAACCUUUUGUGUGGCGGGACAUUAGUUGUUAAACUCGUCAUCUCAACUCUUCUACAAGUGGAAGAUGAUGCUCACAUUGCUAACUUAUUUAGAUCCAAGUUUUCAGGCUACAAAGACUUCCACACUAUGCUCUACACAUGUGCAGCAGAGUUUGACUUUAUGCCAACAGAGACAGUCAUAAAAUUCCUGAAGACUUUACUCCUACCUAGUUCAGCAAUUGCAAUACUUUUUACAGUAGUUCAUUUAUUCAGGGUAAUCGUAGAGCCAAAGAAAGAAGAAGACCAUAAACAUCAAAAUGGGAGCAGUAACCAAAGGCCCUCGGAAGGGAAGGAUGUUAGUCAUCCCAAAGAUACCUUAGAUUCCAGACAGCUUCCUAAUGCAGAGUUAGUGUACCAUGUAUUGCAGCUAAUGGCUUUCCUAGUAAUGGCAGUCCUUGUCAUGAGACUCAAAGUCUUCUUUUCACCUCACCUUUGUCUCUUCUCAUGUAUGCUGGCUUCGAGACAGGUAUUUAAAUUUGUGAAUUCUGAGAUGCAUCACCAGGCAGCCGUGUUCGUAUUACUAGCGAUGAUGUCCAUCCAGGGCUUCAUGAACCUACAACAUCAAUGGAGUAUACAGGGUGACUUCUCAAAUCAACCUCAGGAAGAAAUGCUGGAAUGGAUCAUGCAAAACACAGCAAAAGAUGCUGUAUUUGCUGGACCAAUGCCAACCAUGGCGUCUAUCAAAUUAUCCACAGAGAGAAGAAUCGUUAAUCAUCCACAUUAUGAAGAUGCUGGAUUGAGAGCAAGGACCAAGUUAGUAUAUGCCAUGUACAGUCGUAAACCAGCCAAGGAGGUUUAUCAGGGUUACAAGUCUCUAGGAGUUCAGUAUGCUGUCUUGGAACUAUCCUGGUGCACACGCAGAUCCAAGUUGGGAUGCAGUAUGCCAGAGAUAUGGGACGUAGAGGAUCCAGCCAACGCUAACAAGAAACCUUUGUGCUUGAAGAUCUCAGAAAGAUCCACACCAUAUUUUUCACCAGUAUUUAACAAUGGAGUGUAUACAGUUCUUAGAGUCUGAUGAAGGGGUACUCCUAUGGACUGUUGGAUAGUUUGUACUGAUAAACCUAAAGAACUUGGGGGGGUAUUUCACAAGAAGUUAAGAGAGACUUAGUCGUGCUUAAACACCGAUGCUCACAUGUUAUUUAACACGUAAUCUGAUUGAAGGAUAAUGCAGUAGUGCGCAUGAUCUGACAAAUGCGGUGACGCGUUAUACAUGUAUAUUGUACGCUACUGAUGUUUAAGUGAAACCCCACCCCCCCCCUUUGCCUGGUUUAAGGAAGUGAUGAGAUGCACGACCAUUUUGCUCAAGAAUUCAAAUGGUAUUCACACCAAAGUUUUCGACCAACAUUCUUGAUGCUGCUUCCAGUGCUACCAACUACUUGUAUUAGGUUUUUGCCGUAAUUAUCAUGUUCUGUUCAACCAAGUAAUGGCAUUACAGUGUUUCUUGACCAUUCAUUCAAACUGCUAAUUGAUUUGGUCUACUAACACCAGGUGGCCGUUUCAUAAAGCUGUUCGUAAGUUAAGAGCAACUAACGACUGGUGAACCUUUCUUACACGUUUAACCGAAUC